GUUCUUUUUCCUUCCCCUGUUCUUCCCCCCAUGGCUACCUUAUGCAAGACAAACUUUAUGAAUGUUUUGCAGGGUAGACACAUCCGGCGGCUGAUAAUAUUGAGAGCUCAUCAUCAUCAUCGUAACUCACUAGUAUCAUACAAGAAAAUUAAGGGUCCGAAUACAAGCUAUGAUGAGCCAUCCUUUAACAGAUGGUGCAAACCACAUACGGAAAAGACAGAAAAGAUAGAGAAGAUACCGAGAGGAUCCUUACCUGUUUAUGUGGGGCCACACGAGAAGAGGUUUGUCAUCCUUGUGGCGUAUCUGACGAUGCCUGAUUUUGAGAGCUUAAUGGAGACAGCCGCUGAGGAAUUUGGGUUUAAGCAGGAGGGUGGGUUGAAGAUCCCCUGUGACGAGGAUGACUUCAAGGAGAUCCUGUCAAAGUGCUUGGCAAAUCAUAAGGCCACUUUCAUAACCAGAAACAGAAAAUGGGCAAGAGUUAGAUUUACAACGCUCAAGAGCAUAGGGGGGUUGGCUGGCACUGCAAGCAAGGAGGUGGUCGACACAGCGAGCUGAGAGCGAGGUUGGCCAGGAGUAAGGAAGGAAGACAGUCAUGGCACAUUGAUGUAUAUUAAUAUUGAUUUGUUCAAUGUAACAUACAGUGGAAUAGCGUAUUGAAGCGACUCCAUUUCUCCUUCAGUUUUUUUUUUCUUCUUUUUUUUACGAGUAUAGGAUACGUAGGAGCUUAUUUGAUUUCAUUUCUUGCUCGCUAUGCAAUCCAAAUAUACUCUGGGAAAGAAAGAAUUAGAAAGUCAGAAAUAUAACCCAAGAUAACACUAAGUUGAUCAA